UUCGCACAUUCACUUUUUCGAUCUAACCCGAGAAAGAGAGAAAGAAGCAGAAAGAUGUCGGGUAUGGGAGACGGGUACGUGGGCACGGCCCAGGACGCCGUGCGAAUCCGAAAGCUCGAGAAGCAGAGAGAAGCCGAACGCCGCAAAAUCCAGGAGCUCAAGGACAAGUCCGCCUCCACCAAGGGCCAGCCGGGUCUCCUUCAGUUCGGCAAAAGCAGGGCCGAGGUUCUCGAGCACGCUUUUAAGAAGGAAACUGUGGGUUUGGUUACAAGAGAAGAGUAUGUUGAGAAGAGAAUUAAUAUUCGGAACAAAAUCGAAGAGGAAGAGAAGGAGAAGCUUCAGAAGCUACAGCAAGAGGAGGAGGAACUUCAAUUAAAGAAGCGCAAACAGAGGAAGAUAAAGGGGAAUUCACGGUUAUCAUUCGCUGAUGAUAUCGAGAAUGGUAGUGAAGAGGAGGAUGGUGAAAAUGAUUCGCAAUCAAAGAAGUUUCGGCAUGGCAAAUUUGGUAAAGAUCCAACCGUGGAAACUAGCUUUCUGCCAGAUAGUGAGCGGGAGGCGGAGGAACAAGCUGAACGUGAAAGGCUGCAGAGACAGUGGUUUCUUGAGCAGGAGCAGAUUCGAAAUGAGCCUCUUCAAAUUACUUACAGCUACUGGGAUGGUGCUGGCCAUAGGCGGGUAAUUCAGGUACGCAAGGGGGAUGCAAUAGGAGAGUUUCUUCGUUCAGUUCAGCAGCAACUUGCACCUGAGUUUCGAGAAAUUCGUACAACCUCAGUGGAGAAUUUGCUUUAUGUAAAAGAGGAUCUUAUCAUUCCCCAUCAGCAUAGUUUUUAUGAGCUAAUCAUUAACAAGGCGAGGGGCAAAAGUGGACCGCUUUUCCACUUUGACGUGCAUGAAGAUGUGCGAACCAUUGCUGAUGCAACGAUAGAAAAGGAUGAGUCUCAUGCUGGGAAAGUUGUGGAGAGGCACUGGUACGAAAAGAACAAGCAUAUUUUCCCUGCUUCGAGAUGGGAGAUAUAUGACCCAACCAAAAAAUGGGAGCGGUAUACCAUCCAUGGGGACUGAUUAAUUGUAGCAGACGACAUGAGGAUCGAGAAUUUUGUGAUAUGCUUCUAAAGCAGUGGAACCUGGUUUCAUCCGCAGUUGCUUCCGUAUUGUUUUAGAUUGUCUUACCUAGUGAAUAGGAAAAUGGGAAUUGGUCUUGCCUUUUCCAUAUGAAAAAUGUUUGUGAUGGGAUCUUAAGAGUCGAUUUUAGUUCUAUUUCCAUCAUUAAUCUUA